AAACGACUGCCGGAUUAAGGAUGCUGUUGUUUGCAUUUCAGUAUUAUUUAAUGGGGAGGAGUUUUUACAAUCACUUUAUAAAAACCUCCAGUUCAGACUGUCUGUAACAGGACCUUCGCAGCGGUACAGUUUGCUGAGACAAAAUGAAACUUUCAGCCGUCCUUUUUCUCAGUGCCGUCUCCACGGUGCUGGCAGGGCAGACCCUGGUGUUCCCCACUCAGACCAGUACCAGUUAUGUUGAGAUGACCCCUCUGAAACCGCUCAAUCUGAGUGCCUUCACCCUGUGCAUGCGUGUGGCCACAGAGCUCAGCGGUGAACGUGAGAUCAUCCUCUUUGCGUACCGGACUCAACACUAUGAUGAGCUCAAUGUGUGGCGCGAGCUGGACGGCAGGUUGUCCUUCUACUUGAGUGGACAUUGUGUUUUAUUUAAAACUCCUGAGCUCGGUCCCAUGGAGACCCACCUGUGUUUCACCUGGGACUCCAGUUCAGGUGCAGCUGCUGUCUUUGUGGACGGGAGGAAAAGCUUGACCAAAAUUUACAGGAAGGGUCACGUUAUCCGCUCCGGAGGCAAAGUUAUCCUUGGACAGGAUCCAGACGCUUACUUGGGUAACUUUGAGGCCAAACAGAGUUUUGUUGGGGAGAUCGGUGAUGUCAAUAUGUGGGACACUGUCCUCUCAGACAGCACGAUCCGAGACAUGUUCAAUGGGAAGAAAGUAGAGAGAGGAAAUGUUUUUGACUGGGAAAGCACACAGCUCAGAACUAAUGGGGACGUGGUAGUUGUUAACCGUGAGCUGUAGCUGUACACGACAUGCUGGAGUAAUGUCAGUAAUGUCAUAAUGUCAAACAAGGCAAUAUAAAGCUCUGCAGCCAAUGGAAAUCAGUGUAGCCACAUUACAUGUAUGUAUGUAUACAUUAUGUGAAGUAGAUGAUUUAUUGAUUAAAAUGCGUCUGUGCACCAAUAUCUAAUAAAAACUUAUGGUGACAAUGUCUGUUGUGAUGGAAUGUAUUACAUAAUAAUAAUCAGUACUCACCUAACAUA